AUGACCAAAAUCGUCGAGCGUAAUUCAACCAUUCCGUGCAAACAAACCCAAACGUUCACCACGUACGCGGACAACCAACCGGCCGUUACCAUCCAGGUGUUCGAAGGGGAAAGGGCCAUGACCAAGGACAACAACCUGUUGGGCACAUUCGACCUGACCGGCAUACCUCCGGCUCCCAGAGGUACGCCUAAGAUCGAGGUGACUUUCGAUAUGGACGCCAACGGUAUUUUGAACGUGUCGGCAAAGGACAACAGCUCUGGCCGCUCCAAGAACAUCGUCAUCAAGAACGACAAGGGCCGCCUGUCUCAGGCCGAAAUCGAUCGUAUGCUCAGCGAGGCCGAACGGUACAAAGAAGAGGACGAACGACAAAAAGUUAAGAUCGCGGCCAAGAACCAGUUGGAGAGCUACGUGUUUGGUGUCAAACAAGCGUUGGACGACGCCGGCGACAAGCUGACCGAGUCCGAAAGGAACACCGGAAAACGGGAAUGCGACGCGGUCAUUCAGUGGUUGGACAACAAUCAGUUGGCAGACAAAGAAGAGUACGAGUACAAACUAAAGGAAAUCCAAAAGAGCUGCUCGGCACUAAUGAUGAAGAUACACGGUGCAGGACAAGCCGGUGAUGCGCCUCAUCCCGGCCGGGCUCAUGGUUUCCCAGGACCCCGUCCCGGAGGACCUACCGUCGAAGAAGUCGAUUGA